AUGUCACUCUUGAGCCUUCCUCUCGUCCUGUCUCCUGCUUGGAAGCACACAUGUCCUGAUUUCAUGAUCGCCACUGCAGACACUGUGCUUUGGAAGUCGUGCAAGUCCUACAAGAUACAUUCCAAAGUGAAACGUGGGGAUAUUUUCCUUGCAAGCAGCGCCCCUAAAGUUGUGGAUGGAUUUUGCAUGGUUCCUGUUGUAGGCGGUGGUGCUAUUGAGACUUCGUUUGUGCGUGCUGCGCGUGCUGUUGAUUUUCAAUCCGAGACAGCAGUGAGUCUGUCUCCACCUUCUGUUGCCCGUGGCCCCGGAUGUAUCCCAUGGACUUCAGAUUUGCGAUGUGUCUCCUCUCUGGCCGUGCCAACUCCAAAGAUGUGUUUGUCUCACAAGCCUGAUGUUCCAAUGCAGGAUCUGAAUUCUGAUGGGUUUUGGGUGACCUGGCUGCUCUUUGCCUUAUGGUCUGUCGCGCAUGUUCUUAUGGAUGAUUUCUAUGGACUCUGGCACGUCCGCGCGCCGUGGCUGCCGAUUGCUGCUUGCAUAUGGAGUUUGAGUGAGACUGACCGUGCUUGGUUGCGCACCCUUUCCCGCUGCAAUCUCUUGCGUUCCUCCUUUGCGUCUCUGUGGCGAUCUGCUGAGCUCUUGGUGCAGCUCCUGUGGCAUGUUUGGUUUGUGAGCCGUCGGCGUCGCAACCAACUGUUGCACGCACUCCUUGGAAACACAAUGUUUACUGCUGCUCCGCUUCCUUCCAUUGGCUUCGUGAAUGCCGGCGCCAAGACUUGUCACUUGGGGGCUGCCUUGCAUGUGCUUUUCCAAGUGAAGCCUUUUCUGGACGCCUUGCAUGCCCUACCGCUUCCUGCUUCUUGUGCGUGUGCUUGUUGCUUGCUUGUGGAAACACACAAAGACGUCCUUCGUGGCGAGAAACCUGUUUCUGUGCAACGGUGGCGGCAGUGGUUCGUUGCAAAUGGCUUGGAUUUUGACACAUAUCAAGCAGUUGGUGAUGUGGUGCAACAACUUCUUCAUAGUGCUCAGAAUUGUUCGCAUGGGGUCUUUGCCUCUCAAUCUCCGCUUGAGAUGUUUGCUAUUCAGUUGCGGGAAGAAAGUCAGCGCAUCUGCUCUGAGAGCUGCGUCUCCGUGCAACCUGAUGCACCACUUUGUGUUUCCUGUGGUCAGCGGAUGGGUUGCCGCAAACGCACAAUUGUUGUCGCAUCUGCUGCGUUUUUGCUGUUGGAAGUUAACCGAGCGGAAGGCUCUACGUGCGCCCUGCAUGGCUACGAAAAUAUUCGAUUCAACAAUGCAUGGUAUUCCUUGAAAGCUGUUGCAACGUAUUUAAGCCAACACUUUGCAGCCCAUGUGCGAAACACCAACUAUAUCCGUACAUUUGACGACGCUCAUGUGGUUGAUAGGCAAUCUUGGCCGCCAACGGUUGCCAGAGAUUGCAAGCUACUGCUGUUCGCGCUCGAUCCUGAUGCUGCAGCGCUUCCAAAACUUGAGCCGCCCUGGCUUCCAGCUGCUUCUUUGCCCCCGUCGCUGCUAGAUGCCACUGCUACCGGCAACAUCUCUGCUGAUGCGUCAACUGUCCUGCGUCUUUUUUGCGCUGGUCUUCAUGUGCCUUCUUUCUUGGUAACACUUCCGUUUUUCUUGGAUUCUGGUUUGACGCAUGGGUCCUUGCCGAAAAUUCUUGCCGCUGAAUGCGACACAUUGACAAGAGAGCAUAUCAAUGCGGCCGCAGCUUUGGAGUGCCGAUUUGGCUUUGCUGACACUAUGUUUUACCCGUUGGCGGUUUUGUUGCAGGCGACAGCAAUGUCUGUUGGCAUGCCAGCAAUCUUUUAUGUGGAUGUUGUUCUUGGUCUCAUAAAUUCUUUGUUUGAACGGCAUCUGGCAGUGGAUUUGCGACGGUUUCCGUCUGCGUCUCGGAAUCGGUAUUGGGUUGCUGCUGUGGCAAAUGUCGGGGAAGGUAAGUCGCCUGCCAGUGCUCCUAUUGUUGCUUUGUUGCAAGAGGUGCUUGCUCAAUACCCGCACCUAGCGCCUGGCACUGCCACUGACCGUUUUCAUUACCAACAAAAUUCUACUUCUGCGUGUGCUCGUGAUAAGCUCCGUGCUUGUGACGGUUACCUUACUGUCUAUAGUGAUGAAGCUGGUCUUUGUCUUUCUUCCAAGUAUGCGGCUGGUGGUGAUAUUGAUCCGUACCGACACAUUGAUUUGGGAUUGUUUCUGAAUGCGGCCCAUGGAGGAGAGUUUGAUUUUGCAACUCUUCGGGAAAGAAUGCAGCUGGGUGCUAGGAGGAAGCCCCGUGACCCAAAAGGACCUAUCCCCGAAGAAGAAGGGUUGCAACUCAAUCCCACCAACAUCCAUUUUCUUUUCUUGCAGCAAGAAUACUAUCUCAAUCAUUUUUGGGCUCAGUUAGCCAGUGACAAGCCUGUUGGAUUGGCGCACCGGUUUUUGUUCAGUUUCGGCGCAUACGAAAACCCGCCACCCGCAUCCUAUUCUGGAUUUUUCCAAGCUGUGACAGCGCCCAUCCUCCGCCGCAUCUUCGAGUUGGUGCUUGUUCGUUUUGGUCCAAAGGUGGUUGCUGCUCGAGAUCUCACAUUUCAGAUCACAGAAGAACAGGGUGGCAGCGUGAAAGAAAUUCAUGAACUAGUGACAGCUAUUAAGCGGCGAGAGGUGACUGUCGCACAAGCUUUGCGUCUUGCCAUGCCAAAAAGCAUGUAUUGGUUAGCAACCGCCAUGAUGACAUCGCACGUGCUGGAACAACUUUGGGCUUGGGUUUUUUGCCCUUUCUUCCCUCAUGAAUAUUACAUUGAAAUCACGGACCCAUGUUUCUUCAGCGCGGUCAGAUUUGUGCACCGUCGGUUCUUGCGUGGGCAUGCGAUUUUGGCUGUCAAUGCUGCGGAACGGGCUUGGUUGGUGCAACGGCCUUGUAAAUUGUCUGAAGAGGAAUCGUUCUUUCUUCGCGUGCUCCGUGGCUGUCCGCAACAGGUUUUAUCAGUGGAUGAAUGCUGUGCAUGUGAUUUGGAUUUCAAACGUGCCUGGCUCGACAAAUCUGCGUCCGUAGAUGUCCGAUUGUUUCGUCUUUGGCAGCUUUGCACUGACAUUGGGUUGGGGCGCUUGUCGUGCGGUGCCUUAGCUGCAAACACUGACCCAAAACAGGUUUCUUUUGUCAAAUUUCCAUUGUCCACAUUGCAUGAGCAAGCAAAGGAAUGGUUGCUGAGGUACCGUAUACCUUUCGAGAAUUGGACUUUCCCAAUGCUAGCUCUGGAAACCUGUCCGCGUGUUGAGCCUGUACUCCGGCCGACCGCCCCUACUCCUCCCGCAACAGUGCCCACUGCUGAUGCGAAAGGCUCUCCUGCGGCGAAAGCAUCCUCUCCGGUGUUGUCUUCUGUUCAUAACUCUGUCAGUCAUGGUCAUGGUGCGUCUUGUUGCAGCUCUGCUGCGAUGUGUCGGCCGCAAGUUUCUGCCUCUGGUGCCCCGUUCGCUGCUCCGUGUCCCCCGGAAGUUCCAGCUUUUCUCCUGCGGGCUCUGCCCCUACUCCUCCCGCAACAGUGCCGACUGCUGAUGCGAAAGGCUCUCCUGCGGCGAAAGCAUCCUCUCCGGUGUUGCCUUCUGUUCAUAACUCUGUCAGUCAUGGUCAUGGUGCGUCUUGUUGCAGCUCUGCUGCGAUGUGUCGGCCGCAAGUUUCUGCCUCUGGUGCCCCGUUCGCUGCUCCGUGUCCCCCGGAAGUUCCAGCGUCUCCUGCGGGCUCUGCUGCUUCACGGGACAAUCCUGCUUUUUUGGCUGCUUGUACGUUCGGUUUGCCUUUGA